CAGCCAUUUUUUCCCCUCGAGGGCCAUUGCGUCGAGUUACAAUUUGCUUUCCGAUUCCUGGUUCUGCAGGCUGGGUGGUUUUAAUUUGAGCUGAGGACACAUGGGCAGCCCGAUUCUGGGUUCAAAGCUUGCGUCUUUCAGCGAGACUUGAUUGCAAGGAAGCGUGCGUGCCAUAGCAGGCCCUAAUUACUUGGGAAUAAGCACUAUUGAAAUAACCUGAGCUUGGUUCUAUCUCGGCAUCAUAGAAUCAUGAUGUUAUUGGGUUGGAAUGGUGUGGUAGAAUUGAGUCAGGGUGGAUAUCGCCUCUUAAGGCUGCAGGUUGGAGGUGGCAUUUCUGAAUGGAGACUAGAAAAAACCAUCCUAUUGUAUGUUCUUUUGUUUCUUGAUACUUAGCCAGUGUGCAAAAGUUGAUCAUUUUAGAGUUGCAUGAUAGGAUGAGAUCUAGAUUUGAGAAGUGGCAGAUGCUGAUGGAUCCAUAGGCAACCAAAUUGUAUCAAUGGAUGGGUAUAGGUGACUGGUAUCUUGCUUUGAAUUCAUUGUACAAUAAGAACUAUACAGUACCAGAAUACAUUACCCAGAGAACUUCAACUUCUCUUGUGAAUGUUUGACUACAAUAUAGAUGAUGUUCAAUAUUGCCAUGAAAUCCAUGUAACUUUCUAGUGCCUGUCUCUUGGUGUGUUUUAAAAGCAUGCAUAUUUGGCAGGACUAUAGAGAGGUUGGUGUAAAAUAAUACCCCAAAUAAUAAGUAUACUAUGUCCUUAUUUUAUUGUUUACUAUCCUUGGGUUUACUGUAAAAUUGACUUUCAUUGUUUCAGUACAGACUCUGGUCAGGUGUAACUGUUGGGUCCUUGGUUGGGCUUAUUGUGCAUACUUCUAGAUAUGUUUGCUGAUAUAGUGGGAACAAUACUAAUUCUUGGUCCUAACAAAAUAAACUGAUACAACCUGUGUGGGCCAUAAUUGUGACCUGGUAGAUUCAGUGCCCACUUGGUCUUUUUCUAUAAUAGGCAAAUACCUCUUAUUUUAUUUUACUAGGCUUCUUUUUAAAAUUGUACUAUUCUGCUCAUAUCUGCUGCACCUUUAUUGCGUGUAUACAACUAAAAUAUAAUUUGUUAGGUGCCCUGGAAACAUUUCUAUUUUAUAGAGAAGCCUGUUAAUCAAGGCUGGCAAACCUGUGACCUGCCAAAUGUUGCUGAACUACAACUCCCAACAUCCUGGACCAUUGACUAGAACUGAUGGAAGUUGGAGGAUAAUAAUGUCUGGAAGGCCACAAGUUCCCCACUUACAUUUUAAAUGUAAAAUAAGUAUUUCACUUCAUCAAAGAUAUGUCCAUAACUUCAAAUGUUUCAUCUGCAUCAAUCUGAAACAGCUUACUGUGAGUUUCAGUCAAAUGUUUCCUAUAAAGUUACAAGGUGCGCAACAUGUAGAAUCCCGUUGUCCUGAAAUACUUGGUCCGCUCAUUAGCUGGGUGAAAUUGUGAAUCAGUUCAAUAUGGAGUGAACACUGUGACUGCCCUACAUGAACUUCCUGUAUAAAUGUGUUCCUCAUCCCGCUUGUUUUUCUUCUGUACAAGCACUUGGAUCUCUGCUUAUGACUCAUUUAGUGAAGUGUAUAAUAACCCAGUGGAAAAGAACCUAAGGUAUCUUUAAUGACUAGGUCUCCUCUUCUUUUAAAGUUGUAAAUAAAAAUUAUUUAUAAUGUCAGCCAUUCCUGAGUUGAGCUUUCUUAUCUCCUAGAAGAUGUAGUAAACAUCUUUGAAAGCAUGGCCGCUGAAGAGUUUGAGUCUGUAGGCCAGAAAAUGUCUUACCAGUUUGAGGUUUUUAACACAAGAUAAAAACACAAAAUACAUAAUCAAAAUAAAUAAAAAACCAACCCAAUAACCCUUCCUCUCCCCCAAGGGCAUUGAAUGUCAAACGGGCAAAGGCCUGGUUAAGGAGGAGCAUUUUUUCCUGGUGUCUAAAGGUGUAUAAUGAAGGCACCUGGUGAACCUCCCUGGACUGGAGUUGAAGGGUGAAACGGGGUGUGUGAUUUUGGAACCUGUAAGGUAGUCAUCUAUUUCUACUCUUACCUAGCAUUGGAAUAUAUUCUAUUUAUCAUUUAUUAAAUACGUAUGGCUCCCCAUCAGUAAAUAUUCCCUGGGUAGUUUACAAUUAUGACAGUAUUUUUUAAAAUACUAAUUUUAAUCAACAAAAAGCAAUAAGAUAACAAAUACUUUCCUUUAUAGGAGACAGUGUAAGUAGUAUGCCACUCAAAUUAAAACCAUGGUAAGCCAUAGUAGCUUGAAGUUAAUUUUAAAAUGCAAGUAAGAAGCUUGAUUGGAAAAAAAGGUGUUGACCUUGUGUUGAAAAGACCAUAGAGAAUGUCCCAGCCAAGCUACUUUGGAGAGACUUCUGUAAAAGGUUACCACUGUCCUCUGUCUGGUAACCACUUACCUAACUUCAUUUGGUGGGUGCACCUGCAGCAGAGCCUGAAGGGGAUUUAGGCAGGCAUAUGCGGGAAAAGCAAUAUCUCAAGUGACCUUGCCUGAAACUGUUUAGGGCUUUUUGGAUUAAAAUCAGCAUUGGUAGAACUCUUCCGUAAUAUAAUCAAAUGUCCAGUCUCAGUAAUUUGAACUACCUUCAGUUUCUGUACCAUUUUUAAAGGCAGCCCCACAUAGAAUCUUCUUCUUUUUUCUUCUUUGGCGAUCACUUGUAGCCGAGUCAGAUUGUCUUCCAUAAACACGAUUUUAACAAUGGGUCCGUAAGUGACUGUGGAGGCCAAUUCUGGAUCCACACGUCAUUCCACAGUGGGGACAUUGGUUUCCAGGUGGGGGUUUAUCACGGUGCGGAUUUGCCAAACGUGCCUUCCUCUUAGCACGUUUCUCCCUUGCGUCGUGAGAUCGAGUUUCUUCAAAGCCCAUGACACCUUUGGUAAAGGCUGUUCUCCAACUGGAGCGCUCGCAGGCCAGUGUUUCCCAUUUGUCAGUGUUUAUACUACAUUUUUAAAGAUUUGCAUUGAGACAGUCUUUACACCUCUUUUGUUGACCACCAUCAUUACACUUUCCAUUUUUAAGUUCGGAAUAGAGUAGUUGCUUUGGAAGACGACCAUCAGGCAUCCGCACAACAUGGCCAGUCCAACGAAGUUGAUGUUGAAGAAUAAUUGCUUCAACACUGGUGAUCUUUGCUUCUUCCAGUACACUGAUAUUAGUUCGCCUGUCUUCCCAAGUGAUGUGUAAAAAUUUUCGGAGACACCGUUGAUGGAAUCUUUCGAGGAGUUGGAGGUGGCGUUUAUAAGUCGUCCAUGUUUCACAAGCAUAUAGUAAGGUUGGUAGUACAAUAGCUUUGUAAACAAGCACUUUGGUUUCCCUGCGAAUGUUCCGGUCCUCAAACACUGCACUUCAAUCGGGAGAAAGCCGCACUCGCAGAGCUCAGGCGAUGCUGGAUUUCAGCAUCAAUGUUGACCCUUGUGGAAAGGUAACUGCCUAGGUAGGAGAAGUGAUCAACAUUUUCCAACGUUACACCACUGAGUUGGAUUUGUGGUGCUGCAGAGGGGUUAUUUUGUACUUGUUGGUGCAGCACUUUGGUUUUUGGAUGUUGAGUGAUAGGCCAAGCUUUUCGUAAGCUUCUGCAAAGAUAUUUAGGAUGGUUUGGAGGUCAUCCUCUGAGCAUGCUCACACUACGUUGUCAUCAGCAUACUGAUGCUUUACGAUGGAAGUUACGGUAACCUUACUUUUUGCUUUCAGCCUGUUCGGAUUGAAGAGCUUUGCAUCUGUUCGAUAUAUGAUUUCUACUCCAGUGAGGAGUUUCCUGUCGACAAAGUGUAGGAUCAUGGCAAUGCAAAUAAUGAAUGGAGUUGGGGUAAUAACACAACCCUGUUUAACACCUGAUCCCACUGUGAAUGGUUCACUUUGAGAGCCAUUGUUAUCUGUGAUUGUUGCUGUCAUAUUAUCAUGGAGUAGCCGAAUGAUGUUUACAGAUUUAUCUGGGCAGCCAACUUUCAGAAGGACAGUCCACAGGGCAUUACGAUUUACAGUGUCGAAAGCCUUAGGUCAAUAAACGCCAUAUACAGAGGUUGGUUUUGCUCUCUGCAUUUUUCUUGAAGCUGUCGAGCGGUGAAAAUCAUGUCCACUGUCCCCCUAGAAGGCCGAAAACCGUUUCGGGAUUCAGGAAGGGUCACCUCGGAUUUUGUUACCAGACAGUUUGCUAAGAUCCUUGCAAGAAUUUUGCCAGCCGCGCCUCAAUAGUUUCCACAAUAAGUCCUGUCACGGUUUUUAAAGAGAUUGAUAAUUUUGGCAUCUCGAAAGUCUGCUAGGAUUUCUUCUCUUUCCCAGAUUUUUUCGAUGAGCUUGUGAAGUUGUUAUGUAAGUUCAAUUCUGCCCACUUUGAAGAUUUCGGCAGGUAUCCCAUCAGGUCCACUGGCUUUGUUGUUUUCCAUUUGGUUAAUAGCUGUACACAACUCUCCCUGAUUUGGAGAUAUUGCAAGCUCAUCUCUAACUUGUUUUUGCGGAAUUUGUGAGAGGACCUCAGCAGCUACGGGACAGUUGCGGUUAAGGAGAUGUUGGUAAUGUUCUUUCCAGUGCAGUGCAAUAGCGUCUUUAUCUUUUAGAAGUGUGUUACCAUCUGCUGAGUGUCGGGGGCAUAUGCCAUGAUUUAUUGGCCCAUGGAUGGUCUUUGUGGCUUUAAAGAAACUGUGCAUCAUGAGUGUCGGCUAAGUGCUGGAUCUCUUGAGCUUUUUUUAUCCACCAGGUGUUUUUUAGUUCUCUGGUUCUUCUUUGAAACUCAGCCUUAGCGUUGGCAUAGGUUUUUUUUCCUUAGUGGCACAGUUUCUGUCUCUUUGCCAGGUCUGAAGUGCCUUCCUUUUCUUGUCAAUCAUGCGUUCAAUCUCACUGUCAUUCUCAUCAAACCAGUCCUGGUUUUUCUUGGUUUGGUAUCCAAUAGUUUGUUCACAGGCUGCAAUAAUGGAUGUUUUUAGCUUGGUCCAGUGUUAUCAGAGAAUUCUGAAAGCAGAUGGUCCUUAAGAGUCGUUUGGAAGCAGUCCCGCUUAAUGGGGUCUUGAAGGGCUUGAGUGUUCAUUUUGCGCCUUGGUUUCCUUCCUUGAAGCCUGCGUUGAGGUAUAAUCUUGAUAGCCAUCGUGGAGCGUAUUAGUCGGUGAUCUGUCCAGCAGUCGUCAGCGCUCAUCAUAGCUCUGUGAAGCAUGCGAGACCUAACAGCUCACGUAACCAGCAGCCUGCUGCAAUUUCCAGAAGUGACUAUACAAGCUCUUGGGGAAGAUGAAAUAAUGAUAGACUCGGUACUUCAUGGGAAAUUCACUGGAGGACGAAGUGGACUGGCCUGCUUGGCUUGUGGGCCUCAGCUUGAGGUAGUAAACCCAGUCACUGGAGAACGGCUGUCUGCAUACCAUUUUAGUGGAGUGACUGAACAACCUCCCACUAUCCUUGCAGUGAAAGAGUUUUCCUGGCAAAAAAGAACUGGACUACUAAUUGGCUUGGAAGAAGCAGAAGGGAGUGUUCUGUGUUUGUAUGACCUUGGAAUAUCAAGAGUCGUCAAAGCAGUUGUUCUUCCUGGAAGGGUUACUGCCAUUGAACCCAUAAUUAACCAUGGAGGAGCCAGCUUGACAACGCAACACUUGCACCAGAGUCUCAGGUGGCUGUUCGGUGUGGCUGCUGUGGUUACAGACGUUGGGCAUGUCCUCCUGAUUGAUCUAUGUCUGGACGACUUAUCAUGUAGCCAGAAUGAAAUAGAGGCAUCUGAUCUAGAAGUCAUCACUGGAAUCCCUCCUGAAAUCCCCCAAAUAAGGGAAGCUAUAACAAGGAAAGGUCGCCAUCUUUGUUUCCAGUUAUUGAACCCAUCAGGAACUCCUGUGACUACUCUUUCAUACAUACACAGGAGCAACCAGUUAGUUGUGGGGUUUUCUGAUGGAUAUCUCUCACUGUGGAAUAUGAAAAGUUUGAAGAAAGAAUACCACUCCCAGUUAGAAGGAGGUAGAAUUCCUGUGUACACUGUUACUUUUCAAGAACCUGAAAAUGAUCCUCGCAAUUGUUGUUACUUGUGGGCUAUUCAGUCAACACAAGAAAGUGAAGGGGAUAUUGUUAGUUUACAUCUACUGCAGUUGGCUUUCAGUGACAGAAGGCGUUUGGCAUCAGGACAAAUUAUGUAUGAGGGUUUAGAAUACUGUGAAGAAAGGUACAGUCUAGACCUCACAGGUGGAGUUUUCUCUUUAAGAGGGCAGACUAGCAACACCAAAUUGAUCGGUUGUCAAACAGUAGAGAAAUUUCGAAGCCAUGUUGACAGAGAAGAUGGUAUUAAUGAAGUCAUAUCACCUGAUACAAGUGUAUCAAUCUUCAGCUGGCAAGUAAACACAUAUGGUCAAGGCAAUCCAUCUACCUAUUUAGGUAUAUUUGACAUAAAUCGCUGGUAUCAUGCUCAAAUGCCAGAUUCAUUAAGGCCUGGGGAAUUUCUACACAAUUGCCCCUAUUUUGCAUUAUGGUCCCUGGAUGCUGUAGUGAGCAUGACUUCUCCACAUCGCAUUCUGGAUGUCUUGGUACAUGAGCGAAGCUUAAGUCGUGGAGUACCUCCUUCGUAUCCUCCACCUGAACAAUUUUUUAACCCAAGCACCUACAACUUUGAUGCCACUUGUUUGCUGAACACUGGGGUUGUUCAUCUCACUUGCACAGGAUUUCAAAAGGAUACAUUGCAUUUCUUAAAAAAAUUUGGUGGUUCCUUAAAUGAAGCCAUUCCUGAUAGUUAUAACAGAUGUCUCGUCGCUGGCUUGCUUUCUCCAAGAUUUAUCGAUGUACAGCCUUCAAGUCUGAGUCAGGAAGAACAAUUUGAAGCUGUAUUGUCAGCUGCUAUCCAAACUAGUUCCUUAGGUCUUCUCACUAGCUUCAUUAAACAGUGGACUGCUGAAGAGCAACCAGAUUCUGCCCCUAAUUUGCGCUUUGUUCUUGAAUGGACAUGGAAUAAAGUGGUUAGCACUAAGGAAGACUUUGUUCGACUAUGUGUCCCACUGUUUGAUGGGUCAUCUAACUUUAUUGGUCCACAAACUCUACAGUCUUUGCAGCACUGCGAGUUACUUCUUAGCAACCUUAGCACUGUUUUGAGCUGUUUUGUAAUGGAAGCACAAGAACUCACAGAAAAAGGCAUUACAGAUCUGACAAAUAAGCAGGUUGUAACCAGUCUUCUUUCACUGUAUGUGCAAGUGGUCAUCUGGUUCUGUCGAUCCAGCCUUCUUCCAGAAAGCUUAGAUGAAGAUAUGCAGUUGUCAAAACCAUUCUAUAAUUACCAACAUAUACAACAUUUUUAUGCUGGGUGUCGUCAGAAGCUGGAACGUUUAUCAAGAGGCAAAUGGAACCCUGAUUGUUUGAUGAUUGAUGGAUUGAUUUCCCAGUUAGGCCAUUCCGUAGUGAAAUUGUGGCAGAGAGAUGAUGGAGGAACAGGAAAAUACCCUCCUCCUACAUUACAUGCACUACUUGAUCUCUACUUACUGGAAAAUAUCGAAGAUCUCUACAAGCAUGCAACUACAAUUUAUUUACUAUUGGACAUCAUGCAUUCCUGUCCAAACAAGGCUGAUACGUCAGUGGGCUCCUUCCCAACUGCCUUUGCAAUUCCUAUAGGUCUGGUUAACUUAAUCCAAGGUUUUUGGUGUUUGGAUCACAAUGACUUUGAGAAUUCUCUGACCUAUCUGUUUCAUCCAGCUACAAUCAAAUUGCCUUGGCAACACAUAAGAAUAAUUCAGUUCUUGAUGUGUCAAGGAGAGCACAGGCGAGCCCUCCGAUACAUACAAACAAUGAAACCAUCAUUGAUGAGCAACAGUGAAGUAACACUUCACCUUACUGUCUUGCUGUUUAACAGUUGUAUGGUGGAAGCUUGGAGUGUGCUGCGGCAGCAUUCUACUCGAUUAAAUGUAGAAGACAUGCUUAAACAUGUAUACGAAACCUGUCAGGGGCUGGGACUGAUGGAAGAUUUGCUAAAGCUACCAUUCACAGAAACUGAACAGGAGUGUCUAGAGAAGUUCUUGAGGACAAGCACUGGUGUUAACAAUCAUGAGUUCCUCUUAGUUCAUCAUCUUCAGCAUGCCAACUACGUUCCUGCGCUACAGCUGAAUCAAUCACUGAAAGCAAAUCUCUUGAAUGAUCGCGAUCCCCGCUGGCGAGAGAGAUCAGUUGCCAGAAAUUCCAUAUUAGACCAGUAUGGGAAAGUUCUACCCAGAGUACAAAGGAAGCUUGCUGUAGAGCGAGCCAAGCCUUACCACUUGCCAACUUCACUACGGCGGGAAAUUUUAAGACCAAAGCCACUGUCAACAGUUGCAAAGAAAGUUACUGCAGGAAAUGUCAUCACAAAAGCAACUUUAAUCAAUAAUGUACUAUCCAAAAUUGGAGAGGUGUGGGUGGGAACUGAACAGAAAAACAAGUCAUUUCAAAAUGAUAUAACUGAAGAACAACCACCAACAGUGGAUUCUUGCACUGACACAGAGAUACCAGAUCCAUUUGUUGGGACACCAGCUACUAAAUCUUUAAGAAAGCGCUCCAGAUUGCUUGACUUGGUGGUCCAGCCUAUUCUUCUUGAUUCACCUUCCCUUCGAAGCAAUCUGCACAUGUCGCCAAGAGCUUCUGCAUCCUGUAUGCUUUCUAGUCCAUUGCAUUCCAGCCCUCGGUGCUCUCUAUAUAAGAGCAGUAGAAGAGCACCUGAAUUAAAGCUGCUAGAAACUCCUCUGGUUGUUAGGAGAGCUAAAGCUUUGACUUCUACAUCUUCCUCUGGCUUUCCUGGUUUUACUCCUCAAUCUAUUUUGAGAUCCAGCCUUCGGACUACUCCUUUAGCUACUCCAACUGCAUCUCCAGGAAGGUCUAUCACACCCCCUCUGCGUGCAAAAGAAACAAAAAUAUCAUUUAUGGAAGAAAGCAAAGCUUCAGGAUGGACUGCUGGGAUGACAGAUAGUAAAACAAAACACGACACAGUUUCAUCUGAAUGCAUUAUUGAAGCUCACAUGGAAGGUAUGUGGUCUAAGACUAGAGAAACUCCUGCCUUUUCAAUAUGCAAUCUUCAGGAAGACUAUGAAGAUGCAGGCUUGUCAUCAGAAUGCAUACCAGGAAAUGAUUUGAAUAAAACUGAACCUUCCAAAGAAACUAGUUUUGGUUCUGUAAAGUCAGAUCAAACUACUUCAGAUUAUCAAGAUGCAAAAUCGCCAGGUGACAACAGUGAUACUUUCAGAGUCUCUCAGCCAGCAGGUUUAUCCCCAGAAGAUCUUGUAAACAUACAAGUGUCAGCUGAGAGAGAAAGCAGUGAGGCAUUAGCAAGGGAUCCUUUGCAAAUGGAACAGCAAACAUCUACAGAUGGAGAACAGUCGGCUGGACUACCUGAAAGAGAAGGUGAAGGCUAUGGCUCACUUCCUGAGGAUGAAGUAUUUGUGGUGCAUCACUUAAAUGCUAUUCCUGACACUACGGUCUCUUCUAUGCCAUCUAAUGAAAGUCAAACAAAUGUCCUAGAGUCCAGCAUGCUGCCAUUGUUGGAAAACAACCAGCUCCUUGAUGAAGCAAGUCCCCAAGCUUUGGAGCCAUUAGGAACAGAUGCUGAAUCUGUCAUAAGUAUUCCUGAUAGUGAAGACAUUGUCAGUGUUCAUUCCAAAAAUGAACGUGAAGAAAGAGAAGCAUUAGAUGAAGAUGGGUCAAAAGAAGCUGAGAGUGAAGAAAAUAUAGCAGUCCUGCAAGAGAAAACACCACUUAACAUUGAACCUGCAAGUCAAGAAGUAAAUCUUGGUGAUGGACCAUGUGAAGUACACAUCUCAGAAGUUGUAGUUGAGGCACUUCCAUACAGCGAGCUGUGUCCUUCAAGCAGUCUGAAACAUCAGUACAGCAGUGACGCUAUAGAGCAGCAAGUCACAUGUGAAUUACUCAAGAAAGAUGCUGGAGGAGAUGGAGAUCUGCUGAUGUCCCAAGACAAUUUUACGUUAAUAUUAGAAGGGGAUGAAGAAGCUGAGAUAGGAGAUUCUAGUGCACUUCAUACUUUCCCUCUUAAAUCAGCCAGCCAGUUAGAGGGUGCCUCUGUAAACAGUGCUGGAAGUAACAACCCAGAAUUCAUCACAAAUACAGUGUCCACUGUAACUAGUGAUCAGAUAUCACAGAAUACUGCUGAGGUGUUGCCUUAUGUACCUGAACCUAUUCAGAUGGCUAUUGCUGAGAACCUAUUGGAUGUAAUCAAAGACACAAGAGGUAAAGAAGUUUCAAGUGAGGUUGCGGACCAGUCUUUUCAUGAAAGCAUUAGUAAGAAGGUAUUAAGUUCACCACAGGCACCUCUGCAAAAUGUUACCGAAAUAAGUAAAGAUGUAAAAUUAAGUCAAGUUGAAGAUUCAGUGACGUCUAGCACCAGCACUGUGGAACAGAUGGCACAAAAUGUAAAUGACUUAUUACCUGAUGGUCAGCCAUUGGGACAGAUAGAUAAACCAGAUCUGCCACUACCAUCAACUCCAAGGAGAAGUGCUAGACGGGCAAAAGAAACAUUGAAGAUUCCUGAAAGCCUUCCCCUUGGUUCUGAACAAGAACCUCAAGAAAAACAGACAACACAGGUCCCUGCUUUCCCAGUCUUAGAUACUAAGGAAACAAAGGAGUGUGACUUAGAAAUAUCAACAAAUGUUCAUCCCCUCACACAGGAGUUUCAGGCAACCAUUGCUACAAGAAGAGGGGUUAGAAAACCAAAAGAGCUUGCAUCAGAUCUUCAUGAGCAUCCAAGUGAACAGCUACCUUCUGCUCGCAGAAGGACUCCCAGAAGUACAAGAAGUUUAGUAGGGGAUCAAGAAGGUAGUCAGUUUAUCAUUGACCAUACAAUUCAGAUGAUGGUAAAUCCUAAAAGCGCAAGAAAACUAAAAAGCAUUGCUUUCCACCUGGCAGAGAACGUGAUUUCAGAUCAGGAGGUAGAACCUCGUGAAGAGCAGCUGAGUACAAAACCAAGAAGAGGAAGGCCAAGAAAGCAUGGUGAAAUGAAAGUGAUGGCCCAGUCAGAAACUGCAGCUGGGAAGCUGCCAUUACCUUCACCAGUUAGAAGGGGCAGACAUAGAAAGUCAAGUCUACCAGAAGCCAUUUCUGAACAUGACAUACAGCCAAGUAAACCACAGCUACCUAUAUCAACUGAGCAGGAGAGGGCACGAAGCACAAGUAUAUCAGAAACUGUUUCUGAUCAAGAGACUGGGCUUAUUAAACAGUUGCCUGUGCGACGAAGAGGCAGACCACGAAAGAAUCCUUUGAAUGUGUCAGCAGAUUUGGGACUAGAGUUGUCUCUGUUAUCGUCUCCCCCUCCAACACCUAGUAAAUCUCUUGUCACUCCUAGAAGAAUUACUAGGAGAGGAUCUAUUCAAGAAAAGACUCCAGUCGACACCACAAAGAGGAAAUCUGCAAGAAUUGCAUCUGCGAGAACAGAAAAAACAAAUACAAAUAUAGAGAAAAUGGAUGCAGACAAAUGUGUUCUAGAAGAACAUUCUGUACAACCAAGUGAGGCAGAGACUAUAGCAAGGAGUUCUAAAAAGAGACAGUCGAUGACUGCAAUCAGAAAGAGAAGCCAGUUACCGUCUCUCUCUGAGGAAGGUACAGAGGAAGAGGAACACUUGCCACAAGCAGCUGAGAUUGCAGUAGGAUUGCAUUCCACAGACAUGACCAAACUAAAGCUUCGUGAAACAGGGGAAACUUUGGCACAUCGUGGUACUCUUGUGAAAAGGACCAGAUACAUCAGAAAGCGUAUGAAACAGAGUCCCACCCUGGAUAGAAAUGAGACCUUCUGUUUUUCUCCUCCUCUUACAAAACUGACAGAAAAAUCUAAAGGUGAGAAAGCAGUGACGCCAGUGCAACUCAAAGAUUUCAAGGCAGACUUGACUUCUCAGUUUGUCUUCUCGCCCCCUGCUUUGAGAUCUAGGAAGAAACAAGUGUCCAGUAUUUCAAGGAUUGUGGAAGAAUUGGAAUUACCAGUUAAAGAGGAGAAGGAUGCAGUCUCAAUAGAAACUUCAGAGAAGCAGAAAGUAAAGAGAAGCAGAGCUACAAGGUCAAAAGCAAAAACAGCAAGCAAAGUCCUAGGGAAAGAUAGCGGUUGGUCAUCGCCACACGUGGAAAUUAAAUUCAUUUCUCCUUAUGGCACACCAGUAGAUGGAGCAAAAAGCAAACAGAAGGAGUCUGUGGAUAAAGCAGAAAAGACUGUUCGUAAGACUGUUCAUAGGAACGAGAGAAUAACUAGCUUUCCAAAGCCAAUUGUUCAGAAGAAGAGGCUAUAACUGUUUUUAAAUAUGUGUAUUGUACACCAAUGCUUGUAAAGUCAUCAGAAUUGUGUGGAAUAUUAAGAAAAAAUCAUUAAUUUGGAAGAUAAUUUAUAUAAAUUAUUGUAAAAUUUCAGAAAACUAAAGGUCUUCAAUAAGUAACUCCGUAUGGAGUGUGAUUUCUUCAGUCAAUGCAGGUUUUCUAUUUUAUAAGACUUCAUACAUUUAUAUAAUAUGUAAAUAAUCUUAUUUUAGGAAUGUUAAAUAAAAAUGUAUACUUAACAGCGAUUAUUGUCCAUUAGAUUUUUGAGAGAGAGAGAAAGAAUAAAAGAGGUGUGGUGCAAAGAAAUUAAAGAGGAUUUUAAUGAUGGCUUGUCACUGUUGGAGCUUCUCUAAUGGGAGGCUACUCUUUUUUAACAGUUUGAUCUUGCAAUGUUUUUGAAAAUUAAAAUUUGGCAGUUUUAGAAUUUAUAGAAAAUGUUUUAACCUUUUGGGAAUUGGUAAUAGGGGUUAUCCAUUGCAUACAAGUUCCUUACUCUUCUGGUUGAACAUGUACCUUCUUGAAGUCGGAAUGUAAACAAUUGUAUUGAAGCUGUGCAAUAUUUUUUUGUAUUUGUCUUAACUUGGGAAAGCUGCUCUUCAGUUUAUAAAACAAAAUCUCACCUCA